GUUUGUUGUGCUAGUUUUUAUUUGUUUCAGCUUCGAAUUUGUAAACAUGAGUGUAAUCGACGAAACAUGGGACUUCACAAUAGAUAUGAAACAAUUAGAUAAAAAGUUAUUCUGUGAAUUCAAAUCUGAUGUGGGAAAUGUAUCUAAACAAAUCGCAAACCAGUUACAUGGUUUCCAAACACAGAACCUAAAUUACUCUGGAAGUUCAUCUAAGAACAGUGACGACGAAUUAAGAAAGAUAACUGAAAGAAACAAACAACUGGUACACGAUAUUAAAUCCAAAGUUGAAGAAUACGAGCUACAACAGGUGAAAUACAACAAAUUUAAGUCAGAGCAAAAAUUACUUGCAAAAGAAAUCAAGGAUACCCAUGAAGCAUUUUUAAUGGCAAAAAAGUAUUACAAGAAGUUUUUAAAAAUUUACUUCACCAUUGAAUCAAGGAAUGAUGGGAAAGAUGGGAUAUUUCUACAGUUCUUCACUGAAGCAAAGAAAGAAUCCAAAGGAAAUUCAGUUUAUUUGUUGAGGGACUCAAAAACUAAACAUUAUGAAGUGUUGGAGAUAACACCAGGGCAAGAGAUUUGUAAAGAAGUUCAACAGAAACUUCAAGCUACGAAUGAUGUGCCCGGUGCUCUUUGCUACAUCAGACGACAUUUCAUGAAAAUGAAGAAAGGAAAAAAGGUAUCAACAAACAUGAACUACAUGAAGAGAUAAAAUAAAUAAUGAUUCAUAUUUUUUAACUCAAUUAGCUGCUGCUUGCUUUGUAACAUUGUAUAAUAUAUUAAUAUUCACCAUUGAUUCCUUAGGGUGAUAUUCCACCUUAGUACUAGCGGUUGACCAAAAUCAGCUGCAAAUGGUGUUAAAGGUAUGAAAAUCGGCAUGAUUAAUCUUUAGGCCAUUUGAAUCAAUUUGACCCGUAGCACCACAAAAAAAAAACAAACGGAAAGGAGUUAUGACGUCAUCUUUUUUUUGUAAGGAAAAUAAAAAAAAAUUGUUCAGAAACCUAUCGCGUGUGGUAUUAAAUGAAAGGGCAUUUUGAGCCGGUUCUAAAAAUAUAUCACAUUAUUAUAUUUCCGUCACUUGCAUUCAAUUAAAAUAAAAAUAAUUUUCUAAACAUACCAAGUUUGGGCUCCUCCAGAUACGAAACCAUUGCAUUAUUUUUUGUAAAAUAUACCUCAAGUAAUACCCAAUAUCCUCAUAUCUAACCCCAAGAAAUUAAUUUCUAAAAUAUUUAGUUUUAGUAUUCUUAUUAAAUUUUUUAUUAUUACAAAUUGUGAUCUAUCAAUCUAUCAAUGAAACGGCCUCCUAGCCUAGUCGAUAGUGACCCUGCCUAUGAAGGUAUCGUCUUGGGUCGUCCCAUUCGUUUUUUGCCAAGUUCUUAAAUUAGUCCUAUUCUGCUUUCGUCACCCAUUCUGCAUUUGUCACUAUCGUCGGUGGUCUUUCUCAUCUUUGGUCAUAUUUGUUGUUUGCCUUUUUCUUAUAUUUUUAUUUAACAUUUGUUUAAUUAGUGCUUUAAUAAGGACACCAAAAUUAAACCCCUUUACUUUUCAUUUCGAAUAUGGGGAAAUGCAAAUAGGGGAAGGUAGGGUCAAAUCGAGACUUAAGGGAAAUGUUUAAUAAAAUCUUUAUUUUGUACGGUUUUAUCCCAUGCCUAGUCUAAAGCCGGGUGUACGGUACACGGGGAAAAAUCGCGUAUAGGAUUCGGUACAGCGUGUACCAAAUCCUAUACGCGAUUUUCCCCUUAGUAAUACUAAUGAAGUGCUCCAAGUUCUUCAGGUUCCCAACCAGUACAGCCUUCAUGGGCCAUUUUCUUAGUUUUACUUUAGACAUUUUUACUUUAGUUGACAAACUUACCAAGAAGGUUGACAGCAGUUACCAAAGCUUUUAUCAGUCUGAAACUAUCUAAGUAGCCAUACUGCCGUGCCCUGGUCUAUGACCAGGCACGGCACGAUGGAAUAAGCCCCGUGUCUCCAUUUUGGACUAAUCUCCCCUACAUGUGUAUUGUUUAGGGUAGGUACUUUCAAUUAAUAUUUUAAGUAAAAAGAUCAUUGUUUAUGGAAACAAAACAAAAAACAAGACGUAGAGUAAAUGGGACGAAUAUCGAAUGGGACGAAUAUCGAACGGGACCAAUAUUGAACGGGACAAAUAAAGAAUGUGUCCAAAUUUCAAAAGAGCCUAAAUAAGAAAAAUACGAAAUUAGAAUAUGACCAAAGACGAUAGGACGAAUAACGAAUGCACAAAAAAAAGAAAUUGACUAACAUCGAACAUGCCCAAAGAAGAUGAUGACGAAUACCGGAAUAAGCCGAAAUAAGAAAAAGGCAAACAACCAAAUAUGAAAAAGACCACCGAUGAACUUGACGAAUGUAGAAUGCGUGACGAAAGCAAAAUAGGACUAAUUUAAGAAAUUGACAAAAAACGAAUGGGACGACCCAAGACGAUACCCCUAUGAAGCAGGAGGUCCCAGGUUCGAAUCCUGGUAAGGGCAUUUAUUUGUGUGUUCAUCAUCAUCAUCACACAAAUAAAUGCCCGUAUACACAUAUAUACAAGCCCUGGUAAGGGCAUGCCCUUACCAGGAUUCGAACCUGGGACCUCCUGCUUCAUAGGCAGGGUCACUAUCGACUAGGCUAGGGGGCCGUUUCAUCGAUAGAUUGAUAGAUCACAAUUUGUAAUAAUAAAAAAUUAAAAAAAAGCACUAAAACUAAAUAUUUUCGAAAUGAAUUUCUUGGAGUUAGGUAUGAGGAUAUUGGGUAUUACUUUAGGUAUAUUUUACAAAAAAUAAUGCAACGGUUUCGUAUCUGGAGGAGCCCAAACUUGGUCUUCUUCUUCUUCCUCGCGUUAUCCCAAUAUUUUUGCCACGGCUCAUGGGAGCCUGGGGUCCGCUUGACAACUAAUCCCAUGAUUUGACGUAGGCACUAGUUUUUACGAAAGCGACUGCCAUCUGACCUUCCAACCCAGAGGGUAAACUAGGCCUUAUUUGGGAUUAGUCCGGUUUCCUCACGAUGUUUUCCUUCACCGAAAAGCAACUGGUAAAUAUCAAAUAAUAUUUCGUACAUAAGUUCCGAAAAACUCAUUGGUACGAGCCGGGGUUUGAACCCGCGACCUCCAGAUUGCAAGUCGCACGCUCUUACCGCUAGGCCACCAGGAGCCCAAACUUUGUAUGUAUUGAAAAAAUUUUUCUUUUAAUUGAAUGAAGUGACGGAAAUAUAAUAAUGUGAUAUAUUUUUAGAACCGGCUCAAAAUGCCCUUUCAUUUAAUAUCACACACGAUAGGUUUCUGAACAAUUUUUUUUUUUCCAUACAAAAAAAAAGAUGACGUCAUAACUCCUUUCCGUUUGUUUUUUUUUUCGUGGUGCUACGGGUCAAAUUGAUUCAAAUGGCCUAAAGAUUAAUCGUGCCGAUUUUCAUACCUUUAACACCAUUUGCAGCUGAUUCCCGAAUUUCAGGUUGUACCGCUAUCACUACCUGUCUAAUUUCUUGGUCCAAUGUCAUUGCGUCUCACUCUCUCUCUCUCUUAUUAAGCAAAAUGUGAGACAAAAUAUACAUUGGAGAAAGAUAUUGGACAAACGGAAUACCACCCUUAGAUAUAAGGAGAGGUUGCACACUAUAGAACCCCUCAAGAAAGACAGAUAUAACAUCUUUGUUUUGCAACAUGACGUGGACUGUUCUGUGAGUUCAGUUUCAGCUAUGGCACAGAUACAAGAUUGUAAUUCUUUACGGCUAUAUUUUGUAAAUAAAUGAAUACUUGCAUAUUAAUAUAUAUUUUACUUUUUUAACAUGAGAUUUUCCCAACUUAUAAAUUUCAGAAAACAUUUCAAGUCAAAGUAACUAUUUAAAAUAUUAUUUAAUAUCGGUAACAAUAUUUGGCUCACAUUUUAAUUGCUAAUUUGUGUCAUCAUAUAUUAUUGUGUGCCUUGUUUAUCAUUCGACAAAUAAUUUGUUAAAAUUAAGCCUUAGAUCUAUGUAAGCUAUGAAAGAACUCGAAAAUUUAUUUAAGCUGAUAAAAAAUACUGAAAGUGAAACCAGUUAUACCGACAUUUACGUAAAUCAUGUUUAAAAGCAAUAUAAAUAAUUAUGUUUAAUGGAAUUAUAAUAACAGUUGGCCCCUAUACAAUACUGGUAUAACAAAGUAUUUAUAAGAAAUUCACACU